AUGUCGUCACAGAAUCUGUCUCUAGGCGAGUGGGUGAAGCAGAUCAACAAUGCAAUUUUCUACCAACCGGAGGAUGAAGUCGCCUUGAAGGCCUUGAACGAAGACCUUGAUCCGGGUCUGGUAGUCAAACUCAAUCAUAGCCUCUUCAACUAUGAAGAGAUGAAGGGAGGCAUCCUGUACAUCCGUGGUAGUGGCGGCAUGACCCUCGACAGCGUCUCUGAGAUCUUGAAGUGGGACGAUGCUGAGAAGCAGGGAGGUGUAGUCGCACAUCUCACCACGUUUACUACAAAAAACCAUGAGACAAGACAGGAGGUUAGGAAGACUAGUUUGAUUACCUCUACAGUUAAGUGGAUUGAUGGUAGGAGAAAGAUUACUGAGCUGGUAGAAGUUGAGAUUGAGGAGUAA